AUGAUACCCAUUUCCAUCCAAACCUGGAUCGUCCAGGAACUAUCAUUCCUUGGCACUGCUCUCUUCUGCGAAUAUGCCGACACAACGACUGCGCGCAGCCUACGCGUCCGCGAGCCAGACCGCAAAGGAUUCAUGAAGAUGCUCCCACAGGUCCUUUUCAACCAAUUCUUCGUCCUGCUCCCGUGCAUGAUCCUCACCGAAUGGCUCGGCCUUUGCUUCACUGGAAUCAGCUACAGUACCCUCAUCCGAAUUUUCGUCAUUUUCUACGGUAUGGCACUCGGCCACGACAUCGUCCAGUACACGACGCACCGUUUCCUACUCCACAACCACAACAUCCGCCUCAUGCGAGUCCUGCGACAUUCCGUCCACCAUACCACGACCGCGUCCCGGGGUAUUAGUGCCUGCUACAUGUUUCCAACCGACUACUUCCUCGAGAUCGUUCUUCCUUAUCUCGUUCCAUUGGCUGUCCUCGGCGGGGGCGGCAUGAGCAGACUCUUUCACUUUCCCGUUGCUGGACUCGGCGCAGCGGGUGGUGUUUACGAGCAUUCUGGAUAUGAUCUGUGCUUGUCUUUCCACUUGCAUGAUAAGAUUCCCGCAGGAUCGGAGGGCAGCCUCAAGUCAUAUGUUCUAAAUUUGUUGUUCAAGUGGCUGAGUGGGACUCUCGAUAAUCGGGCCCAUGGCGAGCACCACGCGCGUGCCAAUAUUUCUUUCUCGGAUGGGUUCGGUAGCCCCGAGUUCUGCGAUACUAUUUUCGGUACCCGAUGGAAUGUGUCGAAGGCUCGGCGGCAGGCUGACAAAGAGUGGAAGACUCAAUGGGAGCGGUUCAACUAA